AGCCUUUCUUCUUCUUUCACCUCUCUCAAAACUUCCCCUUGCAAUGAAACUAGACCAAGAACUCAACCAACACGGCCGUGACAUCAUCAGAACCAUCGAAGUAGUUCAAUCUGUCACCAAGCUAUCAACCACCGCCGUUGAUAACUUCGAUUCGAAUGGGGAAGAGCUCUACACGCCUCCGCUUAAUUUCUCCAUGGUUGAUAAUGGCAUAUUCCGUUCAGGAUUCCCCGAUACCGCUAACUUCUCGUUUCUCAAAACCCUAGGCCUUCGCUCCAUCGUAUAUUUGUGUCCUGAACCAUAUCCGGAGCAUAACAUGGAAUUUCUGAAGGCUAAUCGGAUCCAAUUGUUUCAAUUCGGAAUUGAAGGCACCAAGGAACCUUUUGUUAAUAUCCCAGAGGACACAAUCCGUGAAGCAUUAAAAGUUGUUCUAGAUGUAAGAAAUCACCCAUUGUUGAUUCAUUGCAAAAGAGGCAAGCAUCGAACUGGUUGUUUAGUGGGAUGCUUGAGAAAAAUACAGAGAUGGUGUUUGACAUCUAUUUUUGAUGAGUAUCAAAGGUUUGCAGCAGCUAAGGCUAGGGUUUCAGAUCAAAGGUUUAUGGAGUUAUUUGAUGCCUCUGGGUUUAAGGAUAUUCCACCAUCUCCAUGUUCAUGUACCAAAAGGAGGUAAAACUGGAAUAGGUGUUUCCAAUGAUGGUGGAAUAAGACUGGAAUUAGUGUUUCCAUUCCCGGAUCAAAAUAUGUUUAGCAAUUCAGGAAUGGUGUUUUCCAUUCCUUGAGGAUUACUUAAAUUAGGUUUUCCUGGUGGUAGGAGUAAAUUAGUUAAUGUAUUUAAUUUAAAAAAAAAAAAAAAAAUUGAAAAUUAAAGUAUUUAUGAGAUGGUUGCC